UUUCCUCAGCACUGGUCUCUGUUCCAUUAGAAGCAAGAAAGGCUAUCUCGGUUUCUCUGAUGGCGAUAAAGAUUUGGUAUUAAUAGCUAGGGUUUGAUCGUUCUGUUUUCUGUAGCUUGUCAUGGAUUCUUCUUGGCCAGUGCUUGAUUUCUAGUGAGUGAUUGCGUGCAUCACUUUUGCUUGAGCAGUUUUUGAGGUUGAUUUUCAGCUGAAAUUAGGGUUUUGGAGAUGAAUCUGGUUUCUUGGCAAUCAAAGCGGCUUUUUUACUCCAACUUUUUUCCAAAGAUUUUCUCGGAAAGAAAAUUUUGGUUCUAACCGAUUUCAGUUAUACGAUUUCUUCGGAAAUGGGAAAAUGCUCCAUCACCAAUAUCUCCAACUCGUUUCCGGAAUGCGCCUAUUCUCCUUACCAUGCAAGAGCCCAUUCUGAUGAAGAUUAUAGUCCUGAAAGUUUGAAAUCAGCUGCCAGAGAAGUCAGUAUCACCACUGACUCUGAAACCAGACUCAUUAAAUCAAUCGUACAAGACGACAAGGCUCAGCUCAUAUCUCUCUCGAGGUUUUUCCUUGACACCAACAAGAGCUCCACAAUGGAACUAACAGUUGUCUCGAAGCUCCUUCAUCUCUGCUGCGCUUUCGAUUCUGUCGACUGCGCUACGGCACUGGUCAAUGGAGAGCUAGGAGCCAUGCCGUUGGUGAACGAGGUGGACACUGCCGGGCUGUCACCGCUGCACGCUGCGGCCGAGGCUCACGCUGCGCGUUGCGUGGAGAUGCUGCUGAGAAAACGCGCCCGUACGGAUCUGAAGACUAGAGACGGACGAGGACUGCUCCCUCUGGAGCUGUCGCUGUCGAGAACCAGAAUGGAUGUUUUUUGGAACCCGGAUGACCACUCCAUCGAAGAUUUGGUGGUUCAGCUUAGUGAAAAGGAUUUGACCGCUAUAAAACUUCUUAGCGAGAAGACAAAGGAAGUCGACGAGGUGGCGUAUGCAAGCGCCAUUGGAGGGCGGGUUGUGGAUUUAGCUGCUCUGUUAGUAGUAGCGGCACAGAAAGUAAAUGAGUCGAUUUUGGAGUUGCACGAUGCAGAUUUAAAUUCCAAAGAGAGGACCACGAUUUACGAACGGGUGAUUAGAGAGGCAUUAAGCCUGAGUCGCUCUGCGACAUCGCUGAGUGCCGUCAAACGAAAGAUUGCUCCAACCAAGAGCGAGAGCGCCGGGAAAAGGAAGCUUUUGCUCUGCGAGAUUGAGUUGCUUCAGCUAUUCGACGCCGUUGCCCAAACCACCGGUUGUACGGAAAAGAAGGUGACAUCACCCUUAAUAUUGGCGUCGCAGGCUGCAGAUGAAGCCAUUAUUAAACUGCUUCUGAAGACUAACAUAGAUGUAAAUGAUGUGGAUACUGAAGGGAACUCUGCUCUUCAUUGGUGCCUCAAGACAUCUAAGGGAUCAUGUUUUCAGCAGAUCAAGAUUAUGUGGCUCCUGCUGAAGCAUGGUGCCCGAGUGAACCAAAAAAAUAAAUUGGGGCUAACUGCAGUUCAUCUUGCUGCUGCAAAUGGUAAUUUGCAUGCACUUAAGGCCCUUUUACUGGAAGACCCAGAUUGCGUCAACUCUAAAACAGAAACAAAAGAAACCCCACUGUUUUUUGCCGUGAAGAAUAACUGUAAAGACUGUGCUGAGGUUCUUCUGCGCUGGGGAGCAAGUACAGAGGUCUUUAACUUGCGAAAGCAAAGACCUGUAGACUUGGCAGAGUCACAAGACAUGCGUUUCUUGCUUAACCCAAUGAAUAUUAGCCUCACAAAUCGUGCUUUCCCUUUUCAACAGAAGUAUACUGCAUGGUUACAAGGAGAUGAGGUGAUCGCAGAGACUUGUGAAGAGCUUUUUGAUAUGAAAGAUGAAGGCAAAACCACUUACAGUAGAACUUGCUCAAGUGUGAAGACAGAGAUAUGCAAAUACUUUGAAUCUCCUACUGGAUGUGUUAGAGGCAGUAAGUGCUUUUAUGUGCAUGCUGAACAGGAGCCCAGGCAGAUGAAGCAGGGAAGAGAAAUAAUUCAUUCAUCCACGACACGGGACCUUGAACAGAAAAUCUUUGUAGGAGGCUUACCUCCUUCCGUGGAUUCUGCAGAUUUAUUGCACAAAUUUUUUGAAGAGAAAUUUGGUUCGGUGGCUGAUGCCAGUGUUGUGGGAGCUCUAACGGGAGACAAGAUACAAUCCCGAGGAUUUGGUUUUGUCACCUUUAAACGCAAGAAAUCUGUUACAGCAGCUGUUGAAGCACGCUAUGUCUCUGUUAUGGGCAAGCAAAUUGAGAUCAAAAGUGCUCUUCCAAAGUGCCUUUUAUCAGCUGAGCUUAAGAAAUCACCUCAACAACAUGAACAAGAACAGAGUGAUGAGCAUCUACCACAAGAGAAGAUGAUUAAAGAGAAGGAUACAAAGGAGAUGGCUGAUUGGCAGACACCCAGUGAGAAGGUAAAAAGGGACCUGCCCAGUUGGCAGUCGCCUAAUGAGAUGAAUGAAGAAGAGAUGCCCAGCUUUAAUACCACAGAAGAGGGUAAAUCAAUGCUAAUGUCUUGGGUCGAUACACUAAUAUGUGGUCAACCAAAGGCAUGUUCUAAUGAAUCUCAAAUGCACAAAGAAGGCAUGCCCACAUGGCUCAUAACUUUCAAGAAGUGGCUCCCUCACUUUUUACGGCAGGUGGCAAUGAGGGAUGGAGUAUAUGCUCUCUCAUCCCUGAAGGCUGAUUUCAGGGCUGCUUUUGGCCUGGAAUUGGACCAUGCCUCUCUUGGCUUCUCAAAGCUUAGUGAAUUCAUGAGAUCUUUACCAGACCUUUGUCACAUUAAGUUUGUUCCUAUAGGCAAACAGAAACCUGCCAAUCACAUGAUACUUUUGCCUAGCCUUUCUAAGCCUCGUUGUCAACCAGUUCAACCUUUAAAUAUAUGUAAUCCAUCUUGUGAUGCAAUUGAGUGCAGUAGUAAUGGUGAUUCUAGCAAAGCUAAGGGCUUUCAGGAUGUUCCAUUGGUCUCUAAUGAGAAUAAUGACUCGACUGAUAGCAGCUCUAUGUUGUCCCAUCAGAUGCUUGAACAGAAUCCAGAGGACACAUCAGUUAGUGUGCACUCCACUUUUCUUCAAUUUUUGAAGCCAGACCUAAUCUUUCAUGCUCGACCAUGGCUUUUUGUUGAAUGUGAUGGUGACACAGGAGAUACUUUUGAUAGAGGAGAAUUGGGAGACAGUUUUAAGGGGAUGAAGCACAGUCCUCAAGAAAGACAUUUGGUUUUGGAGGUCCUUGCCAGUAAAAGGAAUAAUUCAUCUCUGUUCUUUCUUCGUGAAUUUGAUUUUUAUGAUAACUACAAGGCAAACAUCGUACAGGGAAGGUGCUUUGGGUGCAACCAGCGUCGGGUGUUGUGGGCCAACUUUCCAUGCCAGCACUUGUUGUGGUGUGCUGACUGUAAGCUACAAAUGACACAGGCAGCCAGUAAUUUUGAGCACAAAUGCGUGGUGUGUGAUGUCAAAGUGCAGAAAAUAGAAUUGAUUUCAUGUCAGGAAAACUGUCAGACCACACAUGAGAGCCCACAUUGACGAGUUCCCACCUUUUAAUCCUAAUUACUUACAGAAGUAAGGCCCUUUAAGACACCUCCUCUUCCUGAAGUAUAUUCAAGAACUUCCAAGUGUUAUUAGAACCUAAUGUUGAACCAUUACUUCUAAAUCUGAUGUUUCCUCCAAUUGUAUCUGCUGACUGGUACAAGCCAGAAAGAGGAAAAGGCUUACUUAUGAAGUCCUCUUAUCUGAAAAUCUGUACAAACUUAUUACAAAACUAUCAUAUAUACAUUUGCGGUGAAAGCGGGUUACCUUGCAUUGUAAGUAUGCUUGCCUUUGGCAAAUGCUGUCAACCCCUUUCACCAAUUUACUGAUUUCUUCUACCUACUUGAGUUAGAGGAAUCUAUAUGAUACACAUGAGGAUGUAUAGUUCUGCACAGGUGUUUCUAGUAUUUCUGUCUUCAAUUGCCUGUUUCUAGUAAUCAAGACGUACUCUUUUUGGUAAUACACUAGAACUGGUGUAAAGUUGUAAAUCAUGGUUAGAAUGCUCAGACCAAAUCUGUUUGAAUGGUGCUUUCUUUCUUUCUUUCUU